GGAAUUUGAUUCGAUGAAAGUUUUGCAUGUCAUAGAAUUACGGCGUCAACUAUUUCACUUAUAAUUGAAGGAUAUAAUAUGUAGUGGCUGUUCGGAUUUAGCAGAUUCUCCACUCAUUUGACUGAUUUAUCUUAGUAUGAAACAAGAAGCGUUCAAAAUGCAGAGGUUGAGAUCAUCUAUUCUGAAGUACGUGGGGGUUAGGGUCCCAUUGCGAGUAGUAUCGUUUCAAGCUGAAGGCCGGAGUGCGUUAAAUAUUCUCAAUUUGCAAAUACGCACCUGUAGCAAUUCUGGUGCCACCAAUCAGGAUCAGAUAAAGGAACAAGUGCUUAACUUGGUGAAGAAAUUUGACAAGAUUGACGCAACCAAGGUCACUGAGAGUGCUGAUUUCCAGAAAGACUUGAGCCUAGACAGCUUAGAUAGAGUGGAACUUGUCAUGGCUUUUGAACAAGAAUUCUCGAUUGAGAUACCUGAUGAAGAAGCAGACAAGCUUAAAUGUUGUGCCGAUGUUGCUCAGUAUAUCAUUUCUGGAGCUGAGAAGAAAGCUCAGGAAUGUUCAUAGAGUAACAUAUUAGUCAUCCCGAGGAGAGGACAUGUCAUUGGAAUAGACAGGUUAUAAAUUUUUUGUCCGAUAAUUUGUUGAAUUGCAGGAUUACAUUGUCCUCCGAAUUCUUCUAGCUCGUCUUUUUAGUUCUUGUGGAUUCGUGUGAAUGUUUGCUAUUGAUUCUACAGCGAAAACAAUGUAUGCUGUCACUUUCAUAUAUUUCAUUGAACUUCUGUGCA